AUGCGUAUCACCGACUACCAGGCCCUCGACCCUGCCGCCAAGUUCCUCCCACCACAGCCCACGCUCACUUCACCUACGGAUCCAGUUUCGUUGAGGAAAAAAACAGCACCCACCAUGCUUCGCAACGCUGCCUCUAGUCGCUCGCUAUCGCCUGCGCCAGCGUGGAAGAAGCUCUUCAGCAGCAAGGGCCGCGAGGAUGACCGUGGACGGUCAAGGGAUCGUGACGAUCAGAGUGGGAGCUCGGCAUUUACGGGCGAAUGCGAUCGAAGUGCUGGUUCGUCAAGGAGUCGGAACCGAUCGAUAUCCCCAGAAUCACUGCGACGCUUUCUGUCAGACGAUCAACCAGGCUGGCCAGGCUCGAACCCAGGUGAGCGUCCGGCCUUGAUCAUACCGGAGGACAUAGCGGAGGAGAACGAGGACGACGACAAUUUCGCCACGUCUGCCGUCUCGGAGACGCAGCUGUACUACACAAGACUGUCGCCGCCGCCUGCUCAACGGCCAACAUCCUCAGAGACUGUGCCUCUGACGGUCAAGAACCUGAGUUCUCUGACCCUCACAACGGAACGCCCGACGAGUCGACGACCGACGGCGGUCCAUGCAGGCGAUUCAACUGACCUAGCCGAACCUGCUUCCCAACCGCAGAGCAGCUACCUCACAUCGGCCACAUCCUCGGAUCUGACCUCGCCUGAGUCGGCUGGCACUCCCGAGUCGGAGACUCUAACCUUUUACGACGACUCGGUGGAUGACGACGACUGCACAUUGACGUCUGCACACGAAUCGCAAGCCCUGCCGAUCCAGCAAUUUCCCGCCCUUCGAUCGCGCCUCACAGGCUACAGCCUACCUCGCGUCCACGAAGCGGAGGAGCCCCAGCAGCUUAAGCACCGGCCAACAUUCGGGCGCAAGGACGGUCCGCGCCUCUUGGCACACGUCGACACGUCUCUCUAUCCCACCUCCAACGCCCACUACCUCCCCACGCCCGCCGACACUGGUGUCGACGAUUUCGUGGCCGAGAUGGGCUGGAUGGUCGACAGCAUCGGCUCUCGAUGA